AUGUCCGACGCCCCCGCCGCCGUCCCGCUCACUGAAAAUGGCGUGCCCCCGGCUGCGCAAGAGAUAGUUGUUGACGAGACUCCCGGCUUCAAGGUCUUCGCCGGAAACCUUGCGUAUUCUACCACGGAUGAAGGGCUGAAGGCGUUCUUUGCUCCCGUUGAGAGCGACGUUAUAUCUGCUCAGGUCAUUCUGCGUGGAACACGCUCUGCAGGCUACGGUUUCGUAGCCGUGGCCACCGCUGAGGCCGCGCAGAAGGCCGUCGAGCUCCUCGACAAGCAGGAGCUCGAUGGUCGCCAGGUGAUCGUUGAAGUCGCCAAACCAGCGGAUCAGAAAGACAAGGAGAAGAAGCAAAGACGAAUCAAUAGGAGGCCGGGCAGGCGCGGUAGCAAAAGCGUCCCCGGCGAGGUUAGCGAGGCUGAGGCCAACGGCGAGGUCUCUGAGAGGGCUGAAGGCGCCACACCUGGUUCUGACGAGGCGGCCAAGCCGAAGAAGAAGAAGAAAAACAACCGCAAGAACAGGCGUAAGGUUCCCGAAGGCGAGCCGCGCGCUGAGGGCGCCGAGGGCGCUGAAGCUGCAGAGGGAACAGAUGCGGCCACCAGGAGGAAGGCUCGCAAGCCUAAGGUUCUCCGUCCUCAUCGCGCCGCGGGCGAGGAUCCUAUCGGCGAGCCUUCCAAGACCGUUGUGUUCGUUGCCAACCUCGGCUUCAACAUUGACGACGCAGGUCUGUCUGCUCUUUUCACCGACGCUGAUAUCAAGGUCGUUUCGGCCCGUAUCGUGCGCCGGCGUUGGGGAAAACCCAGAAAGAGCAAGGGCUACGGCUUUGUCGAUGUAGGCGACGAGGAGGAGCAGAAGAAGGCGAUCGAGCUCCUGCAGGGUAAGGAUGUUGGCGGCAGAAACAUCGCGGUCAAGGUCGCGGUAAACGCUCAGAUGGAGGAGGAAGCGGAGACUGAUAACACUGCCGUUGAAGCCCAGCCUGAGAGGGAGGCCACCCCCGAGGCCACCGUUGUGGCGUCCUAA